UAUCAAGAUGGCGGAUUCAAUACAAUCCCGCCCACAUACAUGUUCGCGAUCUCGCAUUCUUUCCACUGAAUCAGUUGCAGUUGAUGAUGAUGAUUCUUCACACUCACACUCUGCCAGUGGACAUCCUCCUGAAGCCUUUGAAAGUUCCACUGAUAAACAUCCUCCUGGAGCCUUUGAAAGCUCCAUUGUCAAAACACCCUCUCAAUUUGAAGCUGGUUUGAAUACAGCUCCUGACACGCUUGAUGAAGCUGGUUCUCUUGAUGAGAAUAAUGGACACUCAGGUGUCUACUGUUCGGCCAAGGCAAUAUCAGAUCAACAGAUGAAGCAUCUCAAGAUGAUACUUGAGAUGGACAAGGGGAAGCAAAGAAAUGUCAACAAUCAUUCUGUCAUCACCUCAACAGCUACAACAGCUACAACACACAAUCUGAAGGUCCUACUCAAUGCAGCCUGCAAAGCGGCUGCGGUGAUUCCUUCAGCAACACCAGGUCUACUGACUGCAGCUCAUAAAGAGACUGCAGCGAUUCCUGAUUCAUCAAUUGAUAAUCUAUUCAUUGAUGAGGAAAUUCGACCUGAGUGUCCAUUAUUUCUCAUACCCACUAAUAAUUGGUGGAUUGACUAUGAUAUCUCCGCGAGAAUACCUACCCUUUUAGUGCAGAAUACACUGAACUCUCCAGAACCCACAGUUGAAUCUGAUGACCCUCCGACAUCUACAAGGGAUAUCACUAUAGUGGGGGAAUCAACAGUGGGGGAAUCUUCAGUGAGGGACAGUCUUGAAGACCUACCCACUGAUCCCGAGAUUGCUGCACUUCCGAUCCCGAAAAACCUCACGCGCGCCAAAGCUUCCAUGGAAUGGAAGUAUUAUUACAAGGCCUGUGUUAAAGAGGUCAACUGUUUGAAAUAUACGCGUUGGAAGGAGAUUAUGAAGAUGAAGGAAUAG